ACCUCCUGCAGGUUGGGAAAGAGGAGGAUUUCUCUGAGCAGCAGCUCUGGAAACAGGAGAGGAAUUCCAGUUUGGACCAAGAGGAACCAGAACCUCUGCAGAUGAAAGAAGAGCAGCUAAAGCCAGAAGAUCCCUGGACUAAAGAGGAAACCAUGGAGCUCCCCAUCAGUGAGCAGGAGGAGCAGCUGCUUCUCAAGCAGGAGGAAGGAGAGACAUUUAUGACAGAAAGGGACCACAUUGAACCAAUCAGGAACCAAGUCAUCUGUCAGGACUUUAGUGGCCUUCAGGACCAGGAACCAGAAGAAAUUGAUCCUAAAGACUCUGGAUCAGAUGAAGGAUCCAAACAGAAUCAGAGAUGUCAGAAAACAUACAAAGGACGGAAGAUUUAUGAGUGUCUGUCCUGUGGGAAAAGCUUUACUAAUAAAACUGCACACAACAGACACACAAGAAUUCACACAGGUGAGAAGCCGUUCUCCUGUUCGACUUGUAGCAAAAGUUUUACUCGAAAAAGUAGUUUGAAUGAACACAUGAGACUUCACACAGGCGAGAAGCCUUUUACCUGUCUGUCCUGUGGGAAAAGCUUCACUCUUAAAGGUAAUCUUGAGCAACACAUCAGAACUCACACUGGUGAGAAACCGUACUCCUGUAACAUUUGUGACAAAAGAUUUAGUCAGAAAAUUUGUUUGACGGAACACAUGUUAACUCAUUCAGAUGAGAGACCUUUUUCAUGUGAGGCCUGUGGGAAAACAUUCAAAAGAAGAGAUUUUCUGAAUGAACACAUGAGAACUCACACAGGGGAGAGGCCUUUCAGAUGUCCGUUCUGUGGGAAAAGCUUCAUUAAGAAGUCUAAUCUGGAUAGACACAUCCCAGUUCACACAGGUGGACACCGUUCUAAUGUACGAUUCAUGGAAGGAAAUGUAAUAAAGAAAAAGAUUUGACGCUUCACAUCAGAAAUCACCACAAUGAGACGCCACAGGAACGAACAGGAGACCUUUUCCAUGUUUGACUGGUGAGAAAAAUGUCCGUCUAGAAACUCCUUCACCUCAUUGGAUGAGAAACUCCCACUUUAAAGGUUGUUUUCUAGCAAGAUUACUGGAGGCAGUAAUCUACUGUUUACAUGGAAACUAGAACAGAUGAGGCCUGUUAGUAUAAACCUGAUCAAUAUUUAAACUAUGAGACACCAAAGGAAAGGAAAG